UGCACAUGUGCUCUGCUCACAGGCCUGUAUAGAUUAUGGAGUCUGUUUGUUAUUCCUGGCUUUCGCAAAGUCCCACGGAACCUCAAGUACGGUGCUUUUUGCUUGCAGCAUAUGUGGGAAAAGAAUAAAAUAUCUAAUGUACGAGGUGAACAAGAAAACAUCACGAUCAGGAGCGGAUUAUCAGAAGUUAAGUAAUAAUUAUAAUAUUUGUUGUACAGAGAAUCCGAUUUUGUUCGGACAAAAAGCGGUUUUACAGCUAGUACCAAUGUUCUUAUGAACUAUGAUCUAAAUGCAGUUGCUUUUGUGCCUGUGAUAUAUGUAUGUAUGUAUGUAUGUAUGUAUGUAUGUAUGUAUGUAUGUAUGUCUGCUGUGCUUUUUGAAUUAAUGACAUUUGUUCAUUCUGCCAGCUACAGUCUAGCUCACAUAAAACACGUUUUAUGUUAUCAUAGAUUACAUCCAGUUUACCACAACUAGAAAAGAGAGCGAGCCCUGCUGAAUCUGUCGUUCAGGCAGAUGUGUAGCAGUUUUACUGACAGUGAGUGUGAGAUUAGAUUCAAGGUUAUAUAUAGUCACAGCACUUGGGAGAAUUGACUGCUGUCAGCAGAAGUAAAUGUAACAUGAAGCAUAUUCUAAGGUGUUUUCACAUGAAAAAGAUGCUUUUUAACUGUAUUGCUGUAGCGUUUGGUUGGAGCGUCAUGUAGAUUUUAUAGGCCUCUGUGUAAAGAUAAAAAUGAAGCGACCUCACAUUCUCAUGUUCAAGCUCUAAUUUUCCAGCUUGACAGGAAAAACAUCAUGUAAUAACAACAACAGUUACUGUAUUAUGUCAGAAUGAGAAUCAGCUUUAUUGGCCAGGUGUGCUGGACAUGAGGAACUUGACUCUGGUACAUCGGCUCUCAAUGUUCACAUAUCCCCAUGCAAGGCAACAGCAAGGGGUUCCUUAUUUGCCCUCCAGUAAAGAUCAGACACUUAACACCAUGAAGCUGCUUGAGGGACGAACAGGUCGCUUAGCAGAUCUGGGAUCAGGAGAUGGAAGACUGGUGUUUGCAGCAUCUUCAGCUGGUUUCCAGUCCACAGGGUUUGAGAUUAACCCCAUUUUAGUGAUGUAUGCCAGGAGCAAGGCCUGCUGGAGAGGAGUGCCUUCCAGCCAAGCAACCUUUGUUAAAAAGGACUUCUGGAAGACUGAUUUAUCUGCGUACAACAAUGUGACAGCUUUCCUAGCUCCAGGAGUAAUGGCGGUGCUUGGUGAGAAGCUGCUGAAAGAACUUCCUGACAAUGCACGUGUCAUUGCUUGUCGAUUUCCUUUUCCUAACUGGCCGCACCAACUGUCUGCCGGGUUCGGUCUUUACCAGACUUUUGCUUAUGACAUGAGCACUGUGCGUUCACAUCUGAGAAAUGUACGGAACACUGUGGUGUAAUGAGUUACACUCUCUGGGCUCUUUCCAUAUGCCAUUCUCUACAGCACUAAACUUUCCAGAUGCAUUUCCUUGACCAGAAGUGAACAAAAAUGUAUUUUAUAAUUUUAUUUAAAGGAAAAUCACAGGAGAAAAUGAGGUAAUCAUCAAUGCAUUGGGGAAAUUUUACUCCCCAUCAGCUCUAAAAACCUCCAUAGUAACUUGCAUGAAGGAUUUCAAGCCCCGGGAAUUUUUUGUUUGUUAUCCAAUAUUUUUGUCCCACUUUGCUUUUGCGAGGGUGUGAUUACAUUCAUGCUAUGAUAUACUUGUGUGUGCGUUCAAAAAGUGAAUGUCUGUAUCCAGCCCAAGGCAACUAUGAGAUCAUUCAGUGGUUCUCUGAGCCAGCCAGUAAGCGUUGGGCACACAGAGGCUUUAGGGCGUGCACAACCACCUCGCACAUGGUCUAAUUAUAAUGUAAUUAUAUGUGUCACUGUGGCUCAUAUAGAAUAAGUAACUGGGCAGAGAGAUGGGCCUGUCAGUCAGACAACCAUGAUUAUAUAUUUUUUUCUUUUUUUUCUCUGUUUCUCUCUGUUUUAUUACAUG